ACGUUAUUAAAUUCAACAACAAGUGCCAAGUGUUGAAAGCAAGCAAAAUAAGUGCAACAACAACAACUACUACAACUACUACAACAACAACAAGAGCAAAUUACAACUGUUAUAAAAAGUAACCAAAUUUUGAUAAACUGAAAAUAAAACGAAGCAAAGAAUUCAACAAAUUUGGUCGUUACGCCGUCGGUGACGAAACUUGUUGAGUUUGUUGUGUUGUCUGGCGUGUGUGCGUGUGUGUGUGUGCGGGUGUGCUUUGAGUGUGUCGUGUGUGUGUGUGCGAGUCGCGCGAUCGUCGCGCCCCGCCCGCCACGCCCACAAAUUUGUUGGUCGCCACGUUGCCAGUAAAAGACUUCAAAACGGUUGCCUCACGGUUUGAGUGGAAUGAGCAUAGGGACUCAGGUCUUCCUUUCGAUCGAUCGGUCUACAAAGUCGUUAAACUGAGCCCCAACUUGGAGCCCUACCCCGCCAGCGUGGAGGGCCUCAACAGCCCCAGAGCGGUGGGGAUGGCCGCUACCUCCUAUAUGACACCGCCGAGCGGUGAUCUCGACAUGGCACUCGGCGGCGGCGGUGGCGGUGGCGGUGGUGGUUAUCACACAUCCUCGCCCCGCUCCGCCGCAGAUGCUGGGGAGAUGAAGUACAUGCAGCAUCAUCAUCAUCAUCAUGCGGCUGUGGCUGCGGCAGCGGCACACCAGCAACAGUUGCCAUCGUCGCCCUCGCCCAAUGGACAGGUGCAGGGCCAGGGGCAGGGCAACAGCUUGGGCGGCCUGACGCCCGGCUCCGGAUUGGGCAGCUGGAGUGCAUUGCAUCCGGAUACGUGGUCGCUGCCCACACACCAUACGACGCAUCAUCAUCCCGCCGCCGUUGCUGCCGUUGACUCCGUCAAGCAGGAGAUGUCACAUUUGUCGCAACAGACGCGCAUCCAACAGGGCAUGGCCUCGCCCCAUGCGGCAGCCGCGUGGCAUGCCCCACAUGCGGGCCACUAUGCACCCACCGGCGGUUCGCCGUUGCAGUACCAUCAUGCGGCCAUGAAUGGCAUGCUGCACCAUCAUCCGGCACAUCAUGCCGCCCAGGUGGCGCCACUGCAUCAUGCGCUGCGCGGCGAGUCGCCACAGUUGCACAUACACGCCCAUCACAUGGGCGUCGGCGGGGGCGGGGAUCGCGAUACGAUUAGUGGCGGUGAGGAGGACACGCCCACAUCCGAUGAUCUGGAGGCAUUUGCCAAGCAGUUCAAACAGCGACGCAUCAAGCUGGGAUUCACACAGGCGGACGUGGGUCUGGCACUGGGCACCCUGUAUGGCAAUGUCUUCUCACAGACGACCAUCUGCCGGUUCGAGGCUCUACAGUUAAGUUUCAAGAACAUGUGCAAGCUGAAGCCGCUGCUGCAAAAGUGGCUGGAGGAGGCGGACUCGACGACAGGAUCGCCGACGAGCAUCGAUAAGAUCGCCGCCCAGGGACGCAAGCGCAAGAAACGCACGAGCAUCGAGGUGAGCGUUAAGGGUGCCCUGGAGCAGCAUUUCCACAAGCAGCCAAAGCCAUCGGCCCAGGAGAUCACCUCGCUGGCGGACUCCCUUCAACUGGAGAAGGAGGUGGUGCGGGUGUGGUUCUGCAAUCGGCGGCAGAAGGAGAAGCGGAUGACACCGCCAAAUACACUGGGUGGGGAUAUGAUGGAUGGCAUGCCACCGGGUCAUAUGCAUCAUGGUGGCUAUCACUCCCACCACGACAUGCACGGCAGCCCGAUGGGCAACCACUCGCAUAGCCACAGUCCGCCCAUGUUGAGCCCCCAGAAUAUGCAGUCGGCACACCAAUUGGCGGCUCACUAGCAAUCAGAAAUCCAGGAGUCGAACUCAGCUGCAGCUGCGUCCACUCCUGCCAACAACAAUAGUCUGCACCAGCAACAACAGCAACAGCAACAACAGCAACAACAACAGCAGCAGCAACACCUACAGCAACAGCAACAACAGCAGCAGCAGCAGCAGCAACAACAACAGCAGCAGCAGCAGCAGCAACAACAACACACGCCCAAUACGCCCUCUUCCAGUGCGGGAUCCUCGGUGACGAUGACAAGCCAGGGACAAGUCAUGUCACCACAAAGUCCCUUGGGCAGCUCCUCAGCUGGUGGUCAGACAAAUAAUAACAACAACAACAGCAGCAACAAUAACAACAAUAACAAUACAAGCACUAACAACAACAACAACAGCAAUGAGGAGCAAGUAAAGCAACAACAACAGCAGCAACAGCAACAACAACAACAACAACAACAGGCAUCCAGCAUUGCAGCCGCUGCAGCAGCUGCCAUGUACAUGGAUCCCAUGCGUUAUCAGCACGCCCACCAUCCACAUCAUCCACACCAGCAUCCACACUUGAAUCCCGCGCAUCAUCCGCAUCUAUUCCACACCAGCGAUCAGUUGCAGCAUCCGCAUGCGCAACAUCUGCAAUCGCAGCAAACGAGCGGCAGCAACAGCUCACAAUUGUCGCCGGGUGCCGGCAGCAACAGUGGAUUGCCGCUGCAACCGCCGAGUGCCGCAUCGCCAGCGGGCUCGGCGUCCAGUGUGCUGGGUGGUCAUCUCAAUUUGAAUGCCCAUUCGGCGGCGGCACUGCAUCAGCAUCAUCAUCACUAUCAGCACCAUCAUCACCAGCAGCAUCAUCAUCACCAGCAGCAGCAGCAACAGUUGCACGCCCGUCGCCUCUUCGAGCUAAGUCUGCAAUUUGGUGCCGCCGCCGCGCCGGGUGCAGUGCGUCAUUUCAAUAGCUUUGGCGGUGGCGGUGGUGCCGGUGGUGAAUAGCAUUCGUCGGCCGCCUGGUUUGGCUACGAGUCCUCCUAGGACACAAUGCCGGACGGGUGGCCGUGACUGCAAUGCAAGCGCGAGCAGCUUUAGGAUCCAUAGAUCCUCUCCAGCUGCCCAGCUGCUACUACCCCAAAUUUCUACCAGUGCAUUAAUCUGUGUUACAACUUCAAAAACAAAACAAAAACAAAUACAAAAACUAAGUGGAUCAAGUGGAUCAAUUGGAUGAGUUAAAAAUUUAGCAUAUAGUUGAUAUUCCUUCGCUGCCCCCCUCUUUUAAUUAAUUUUUUUGUUAAAACGUUAAAGUUUCCAAAACUUUCUAAACAAUUCAAAUGUAAAAAUUUUUUAAAAUUUAUAUAAUUAAUGAACAAACGAAAAAAAAAACACGCAAUUCAAAUCAAACGUGAAACCAAGUGAUGUUGUUUUUAAAUCUAAAUUAAAUCGCAAUCGGAUUGAAGUCAAUAUCGAUAACUAGCUAAACAAAAGAAAUGAGUAAACAAGUGCGACAAGUGUUAAGAUUAAUUGUUAAUAAUACUAAUUACUUACAAUAUAUGUAUCUAUAUAUACCAUAUAUUAUCGAACCUUUGGCCUUCAGCUGCGUUACCACCAAGCAAGGUAAAUCUUAAACCAUCCCACACUCUCCACACUUGCAACUUGUCGCCCAGUUGAUAGCAAAGAAAUACACACGAAACUAAAAA